GUCAUGGCCAUCUCGAGUCUCUCCGACGGACAUCCCAGCACUCCAACUGCCUCUUCAUAUACUCGUAGAGGCCUUUUCAAUACGACUUUCUCAUGAGGAGGGACACCUCACAUAUACGUCACUGACUUUCAGCUGUCCCGAAGAGACAGUCAUGAGCACUAGCCGGGCGACGACGAGACCUCGUCCUCUGACGAUGUGGACUGGUCAUUGGCCGCUGCUUCUUGCUGACAUGCGCGAAGAUCCUACAUAUAGUAGUUUAUGCAUAGCAAAAGACAGGUGGUAAGUACGCUUUCCCUCGAAGCCUCCUUUCCCCCCUUCCCAAUAACGCGGCCAUCAUGUCGGACCGGCAAGCGCAAGAGAAACAUGACAUAGUGUCGCACAAGGAUAACCAAGAGGAGUCCGCUACACAUAAGCAACAAGGCAGCAGCAGACUUUUCAACACCUAUGAUGCGCAGAGACCGACACAUAGCGUUUUUGAUAGCGUGCCUGCUGAACUCCUUGCUUUCAUCUUCGAGGCAUGUGUGGCGCUGGAGAUGAACACGCCCAACAGCUUCUUUCACGAAACAAGCAAAGCGCCGUGGUCUCUCACACAGGUCUGCAGAAGCUGGCGUCAGACGGCACAAAAUACACCCUCCCUAUGGACGAUUGUACGUGUUUCCGUCGACACUAUCGAGGAACUAGGGCAUCCUCCUGAUGAUACAGCUGCUAUCCUAUCAAGCUACCUCAGCAACUCGCACCCGCUGCCAUUGUCCCUCGUCAUCAUCAGCGAGGACGAGUUCCCGGAUUACAUCCUUCUCCCUCUCGUCGAUACCAGCGAUCGCUGGUAUGAUCUCUUUCUGUUUACGCACCCCGACGACUUUGCGCGUAUGGCAAUCGUUCGUGGCCGACUUCCCGUCCUGCAGUCUCUGCAAAUCAUCCCCACGCGCGUUGGCGAACCCAUCGUCGCUACUCCUGUCAUGUUUGAGCUCGCUCCAGCUCUCACCAAGGCUACGCUCGGCGGACACGCCCUUAACCUCAACUUCGCUCUCCCGUGGGUCCAGAUUCGCGACUUCGAGGCAAACUACGCCGCGAGCGCGGAGGUGCUGCCGCUGCUAGCACUCAUGCCCGCGCUCGUCCGCCUCAAGCUCGGCCUCGAGCCCGCCGACCACUCGCCGGUGGACGCGCGCACCUGGAUGGUCACGCACCCCGGCGUCCGGGCGCUCACCAUGAACGUCGCGGACGGCCAGAUCACGGCGCCCGACGACCUCAUCGACAGCCUCACCCUCCCCGCCCUCACGGACCUCGAGGUCGAGUGCCCUGUCGUCGAGCGCGUCGAGAGCACGCGCGCCCUCGUCGCGCGCUCCGGGUGCGCGCUCGACGCGCUCACGCUCGUGAUCACGUUCCGCUGCAUGGGGACCAUGGAGAGCCUGUUCCGGCUGGCGCCGCGGCUGCGCGCGCUGACCGUGUUCGACGGCGUGUCGAUCACGAACCGGCCGCUGCUCGAGGCGCUCGUGGUGCGCGAGGAGGACCCGGGGGGCGUGCUGCUGCCGAAGCUGGAGAGCAUCACGCUGCUGGCGAGCAGGCCGCUCCCUGCGGCGGACGUGCACCGCUGGCUGAGCGUGUUCGAGUCGCGCGUGCGCCCGAAGCAGCCGGAGGAGGGCGCGGAGAAUGGGACGGAGGUCAGCCCGCUUCGCAGUAUCUUGAUGGGGUGCACGUCUGGAGAGAAUAUCGUCGAUAACGAGGAGUGCGUCCAUCGCUUCCACCGCAUGAUGGAAGAGGGCGUGAAGGUCGAUUUGUGGUACGGACCGGACUUGUUCUGAGGAUAAUGGUCGCAUUGUGGACUGUCUCAUCAUAAUGGUCGCAAUGCGGAUCGUCUGAUCCUAUGACACUUGGUGCUCGUCUUUUCGGUAUGAUGUGUACUUUGUAUCGCUACGGACGAAAGGAGAAUCUCACUACUGUUGAUGAAUAGGG